AUGCCAAGAUCUCGGAGAGAUCGAGAACGCCUUGACGAGCAAGAUUCGUAUUCGUUCGACCCUUUCGAGUCUUCCGGAAGUUCUGCCCCGAAUGGUGUGCAGCUUAACCCUGAUGGAACUCCAUGUCGUGCUUGUAGUUCAGUUCAAGAUGUGAAAGCACGGCUUGGAGAUGCUUUUGGGGUUGGUGAUUCCAGCGUCAGAAAUGACUGCGCCCCAGAUGUCAAUCAAAUUGGAAAUGCUGGCUGGACAAUUCUCCACACAAUGGCAGCAUAUUAUCCUGAUAAACCAUCACCUGAGAAGAAAGCCGCUGUUUUAAACUUCUACGAUUCUUUCUCAAAGCUCUAUCCUUGCUCUCAUUGCGCAGAAGACCUUCGCCAGGACCUCAAAGAAUUCAAAGUCAGGAACGAAUCUCGUGCGAGUUUGAGUAUUUGGACCUGCGAAAUGCAUAAUCGAGUGAAUGAGAAGCUGGGAAAGGAGACUUACAAGUGUGAUCUUGAUUGGCUUGAUCAGAGAUGGCGAGAUGGCUGGAAAGACGGCUCAUGUGAUUUAUAA